GGUACUGGACUUUUAUAGUUGGAGGCCUCUUUUGCACUUUUUACAUUCAAUAAUUAUCCACUGUUCAUUAAACAGUUUUGCAUGUAAUAGGGCCUGUAUUACAGGAAAUCUGUGCUCAACAUAUUUAUUUACCUUACCUUCUAGUAUUGCCCGCCAGUGUGCCUGCAUAAUCAGCUAAUUUAGGCUUAUCUAAUCUCUAGAUAAGUACGACUGAUUAUACUUGGUUAGUGAAUGAAUCACAAUAAUAUAUCAAGAAAAUAUGGGUGAGGUUUCGCAGAAGGAUGAUAGCAGCUUUGGUGAACAAUAUGGAUCAACUAGAAACACAGAAUCUAAAAGACCUCGAGAUAUCAAAUUUCUGCAGCAAACCUUGCCAACGUAUUACCCCGUCUUAAACGCAGGAUUUAUUUUUCCGUUGUUUUUCGUCACGUCCAUCAUCUUCAUUCCACUCGGGAUCGGAAUCUACUUUUAUGCGGAGAACAUCCAGGAGUUGUCCAUCACAUACUCAAAUUGCAGAAGCACGAAUGUGGAACAUGCGAACGCCACUUGCGAGGCCGUUUUGGAUGGCGUGCUCUACAAAACCCACAGGUUUCCCAAAACCUGGCACCAACACGACGAAGAGGAGCCACGCCCACCCGAGUGCCAGUGCAGGAUCGACUUUGAGCUGAAAACCCCCAUGAAUGGUACCGUUUACAUUUAUUACGCGUUGACCAAUUUUUAUCAAAAUCACUUGAGGUACUACACGAACAGGGAUGAAAACCAGUUCAAGGGGGGAAAUUUAAGGAAGAAUGAGAAGGACGAAGAGGUUGCUGCCGAACCGUCCGAGUAUUGUAAACCGGAACGCUUCCGUCUAGACAAUUGGGAUCGUCCUAUUCUUCCGUGUGGACUGCAGGCGAAUUCAAUGUUUUUUGACGUGAUCAAACUGUCACAUUGGUAUAAUGAUGAGCAAGAUCACUUUGUGCCUCUACUAAAGACUGGAAUUGCAUGGGAUUCGGAUAAGAAAAAGUUUAAUAAUCCGGAUAAAAUGGACAACCCCCGUGAUCCUGUGUGGUCAUACUUUGGAAAACCUCCUGAUUGGAAGAAGCACAUUUGGGAACUAGACAGCAACCGGUCAAACAAUGGCUUCGAAAAUGAAGAUUUCAUAAUUUGGAUGAAAACUGCUGCAUUUCCAAACUUUCGUAAAUUGCAUAGAAUAGUUGACUCACAACCAAACAACAGUUAUUCUGAUGGGUUACCUGCAGGGAAGUAUUCCUUGCAUAUUGAAUAUCAAAUGCAAAUAUCAACGUUCAAUGGGACAAAAUCUGUGAUUCUCACAAAUUCAAGAAUGGUUGCAGGGAAAAACUAUUUCUUGGCUGCUGCUUUUUCUAUCACUGGACUAAUACUUUUCAUUCUUUUUGUAGUCUUUUGCGCAAUUCAUCUUUUUACGAAAAACAGACACGUACAUUUUAAGAGAAAUUGACUGACACGAGUAUAUAAGUACUUUUAAUAUCACAAAAACUUUAUUUUGAUAAUAAAGCUAUCUAAAUAGACAUGUAUAUACGUAUGUACGUAGGAACACAGUAACAAAAAACUUUGACAGAGUUGUCUUCUUCUGAAUAAAGAUUUAAAAGAAU